AUGUCAUGCAUGCAAAAGAUGCGGUCGUACCUGCGCUGGUCCGCAAUACGAGCCGCGGCUGGAAGGGAUAUCAUGCACAGAAAGCAUACCCACUGCAAAGAACCAAGAGCACCGAUUGGCGGUUGGACCAUCAAUAAGAGCCACAUCUCACACACCUUAUUCCUUGUUUACCCCUUUUUGGUAAUAUUCCCGUAUCUUACGUCUCCGAUCUCUCUUCUCAACGGUGAGUUGAACGAUCGGUGCGGAACGGACUCUGAAUUCAGGCUGGUUCGCCCGGUCCAAGCGAUUGUAGCCGCCAAGAGGUGCAAUAUACAUCGAGUUGGCCUAGUUUGGAGGGCCGGCUAUUUGAAACAAAGGACGAUGCCUGAUGCUGAUGUUAUCUCAUAUCGAGAGAGCGUGGGCUGGGCAUUUGACCCGAAUGGGCACCAGUAA